AUGGAUCUCAACGGCCCGGCCAUUCCGGCGCCUCCUGGCGAGGUGUCGAUACUGGACAACCCUCCGAAUAGCAAUGGACUUGCUUUGGGCGUUCAGAUAUUCACUGGCGUGAUUGCGACACUAUGCUUUCUCCUUCGACUCUACGGUCGAGUCCUGCUGGCGAAGAAAUUCCAGGCGGAAGAAAUGAUGGCUAUAGCAGCUUUUGGCUGCUAUUUGGGUGCCAUGAUUCCCACGUUUGAGAUGCUCAAGUAUCCUGGCUACCUUGUUCACGCAUGGAAUGUUCGACUCAAAGAUGUCAUUCCAACUACCUAUUGGGUGUUUCUUUUCGGUGUCUUUUACUCCCUCGUCCUUCCGCUACUAAAAGUAGCCAUCAUGGUUGAAUGGGUUCGAUUGUUUGUUCCCACCAGAAAAAGCAAAAGUUAUUUAUUUUGGGGGGCCGUCGUGAUCUCGAUUAUCCAGAUCGGGGCUGGAAUCGCCAUCAUCAUUGCUCUCAACCUUCAGUGUACUCCGCACGAGCGCAUCUGGGAUUUUACGGUCCCUGGUACGUGCUGGAAUCUGUAUACGCUGCAGGUCAUUUCUGCAAGUGUUCAGCUUGGAUCUGAUGUCGCCAUGUUCUGUCUGCCGCAGCACACUAUCUGGACCCUGCAGAUGACGUGGCAGAAGAGACUUGGUGUUGCUGCCAUCUUUGGCAUGGGUAUACUUGCUAUUGUUGCGGCAUCUUUCCGACUCGAUGUGACAGUGGUGCACGGCAACUCCCCCGACUCUAUCUAUACACUCGGCCCGAUUGUGUUUUGGGCCUCGGCCGAAAUGACAUGCGGUUUCUUCAUUCUUUGCGUGCCUUGUAUCCCCAAGAUUAUUCAAGAAGCGGGUAUUGUCCCUGCCAUCAAGAAGGGAACGGGCAUGUUUCAAUCUGGCAGCAAAUCCAACUCGGGUUCAAAGAAUGGCUUUUCUCGCGGCGGCGGCACCACCAAGACGUCCGUGUCGGCGAACAAGGAUUACUAUCAGCUCGACGAGGAGGGAAUGAACAUGAAGAACCUGUCAGAGUCGACAGAGCAUUUACACCAGAGCUCUGCCAUCACUCGAACCACGCGCGUGACAGUGACCAACGACAGCCGCUCCAUCAGCGAUUCCGACAGCAAGAAUGAUGGCUGGGGUAAUUAG